AUGCGCCGCUUCUUUCGCCGUCACCGCAAGGGAUCGGGGGGUAAUAACGCCCCGGGCCAGGAACCAACACCAGGAUCACCAGUAAUAAAGCCGCAACGAAGUGCACCCGGCAGUCAUGUUUGUACUUCUCUGUGCGAGGGCAUCGCAGGUCUUCCACCACAGUACCAUGAGUCGAUAAUCUCCCAACUCAGCCAGCCACUAGGCAUGGCACCCGACAGUAUAACAGUAUCGAAUAUCUCUUUGGCCAACGCCCGUGUCGUGCCGCGUGAGGCCCGCGAUGUGGUGUCGGAAGUAAACGAGAGGAGAGACAUCGAAGGCAACACCGAGCUCGCGCGGAUGCCCCUGGCUCUGCCGACGACAUACCAAUACCCACCCCUUCCACAAGGACAUGCGCGAUUUCUCCGACUGGGCGGAUUAGGGUCCCACCCUCUGGCAUAUCUGGAAUCGCAUCCGCUCGCAAAACCUCCGCCAUACAUUGCCAUCUCAUACUGUUGGGACCCGACCAGCGCCAGGCGGGGCAUGUUCCUGGACAUGAAGAGCUUCAGCAUUUCGGAGACGGUUCUGGAGGUCCUGAACCAAGUGCAGGCCUCGCAGCAUGCGACCGGGUCGCGUGAGCUACUGUGGAUCGACCAGAUCUGCAUCAACCAGGACGACCAGGCAGAAAAGUUAGAUCAGAUGUACCGCAUGGGCGAGAUCUACUCCAGGGCGAGCAAGGUGUUCAUCUGGCUCGGUCCGACGGCCGACCAAAGCGCCUCUGCGCUGAAGAACAUGGAACGAAUGCUAGAUGAGGUGGCCGCUUUGAAUCAGGCCACUGCUACCAGGGCUGAUUUGCCAGACGACACUGCGGCGACUAUCAAUGAGGAUCAUGGGCAGUACUAUGGGCACCUAUUUAUGAGGCCAUGGUUCCGCCGUCUGUGGACCGUCCAAGAGGCGCUGCUGGCGCGCAAGCUGGUCGUCAUGUGCGGUUACCAGGAGGUCGAUUUCGGGCUGCUAGUCGAGCUUGCGACCGAGAUCUUGACAUACGGCUCGCUGGAUUUGAUUCGGUUCCCGGGUGCUUCCGAGGAUGACAUGAACAACGCCAUCAUCGGAAUCGUCAACCUCAACGCGCUGCGGCUAGGAGGCGCUUCCAUCGAGCAGAUGCUGGAAGGACUAGACAUCAGGAGAUUCCGAGGUCUAGUGGGAGAGUCCCGCUCGCGGCAAGUCACCAUGGCCCCUGACCGGGUGCACGCCAUCAUGGGCGUCGCACCGCGCCAAGUGCGCGAGUACAUGGCCAGCCUCCAGACCGCUCAACCAAGCCAAACCAUGUGGCAGCUCUACGCCCAGUUCGCCAAAUGCAUGCUGGAGCACGACCCAGAAUGGUACUUCCUCUCCUCGGCCCUCUCCCGAGACCGACCCGACCACAACACACUCCCAUCCUGGGCGCCUAACUUCAACUCCAAACCCCCCUUCGCCUCCGCAUUCACCACUCCCUCCUGCGGCUUCUCAGCGGGCCUCUCCCCCUCCACAGCGCACCUCACCAACCGCAGCAUCAGCGCGACCGAGCUGACCGCGCAAGGGUUCCGGCUCGACACGGUCAGCGAGAUCAUCCCGCAGACGGCGUUUCGCGAGGCCAACCAGAACAUGAAGCGCCACGACGUCUACGGCGACGCCACGCGCGAGUGGGAGCAGGACUGCAUGCGCCUCUGCCAGAAGGUGUACGGGCUCGGCCCGGACCAGUUUCCGCGGUUUCAUGUCGAUAUCUUGCUGGCGCAUUCGCAUGCGGCCGCGGGGGGCCCGGCGAUGGAGGGGCGCGCGCUCGAGGCGUAUCAUAUCUUUUGGAUGGGCUGUCGGUUGAGGGACGAGGCGAUCCGGCAGAUUCGGGAGGAGGGGUUCCCGCUGCCGGAGUAUUUGAGGGGGGUGCCGGAUGCGGUGGAGAGGUUUGCGGAUAGUGCGGUGCGGGCGUGGCGGAAUAAGUUGCCGGUGGAGGAGUAUGCCAUGUUGUUGCAGUUUACGGGGACCAUGAAGGCGAUGUGUUCAGGUCGGCCGUAUAUUAGCACGAGUACGGGCAUGUUGGGGCUCGGGUGCCCUGGGGUGAAGGUCGGGGAUGUCAUUUGCAUCUUGUACGGCACGACGGUGCCGUAUGUACUGCGGCCGAGACCGGAUGGGGCCAUGUCGUUUGUUGGGGAUGCGUACAUUCACAAUGCUAUGGAUGGGGAGGCUAUUACGUCGGCGGAAAGGGGCCCGGAUGAGAUUAUUCGGAUUCGGUAG